AUGGGUGGAUCUGGAGCCGUUAGCUUCCUCAAAGUGCUGGCCAAGAAUUUCGAUAUUCUUGCUGGGCCUGUGGUUAGUCUGGUUUAUCCUCUAUAUGCGUCGAUUAGGGCAAUCGAGACAAAGUCACCUGCUGAUGAUCAGCAAUGGCUUACUUAUUGGGUUCUUUACUCCAUGAUCACCUUGUUUGAGCUUACUUUUGCAAAACUCAUUGAAUGGUUACCUCUCUGGUCGUAUGCAAAGCUAAUAUUCACCUGCUGGUUAGUCAUACCGUACUUCAGUGGGGCUGCGUAUGUUUACGAGCAAUAUGUUAGGCCUUAUCUUGUCACUCGACAGAAGUCUGUGAAUAUCUGGUAUGUCCCUAAGAAGAAGGAUAUUUUCAGCAAGCCAGAUGACAUUCUAACGGCUGCAGAAAAAUACAUACAGGAAAAUGGGUCCGAGGCAUUCGAGAAGAUGAUUAAUAGGACUAGAGAAACUUCUGCCAAGACUAGCAACUACACUUUCCACAACGACUAUAGAUAUGACGAGGACUACAGGUACUGA